AUGGUCUCCACCUUCUUCGCUAUCUUGGCUUCUGCCGCCGUCGUUCUUGCCUCUCCUGUCCCAGAGGCGAACGCUCACCAAGGUCAGCCCGCCUCCUACAACGACCCAGCACCUGCACCAGCCUACGGCGGUCAGGCUGGCCAGCCUCAGUGGCAGGGCCAGCCGCAGCCCCAGUGGCAGGGCCAGCCUCAGCCUCAGUGGCAGGGACAGCCUCAGCCACAGUGGGCUGGCCGCCCUCAGGGUGGCCAGUGGGCCCCAGCUGCUCCCGCCUACCCCAUUGACCCACCUUCGUACCAGAGCGGUGGAGUCAACAGCGGAAACGCCGGUACCAUCAUUCAGGGUGGUGGCCAGGGCGGUGUUGUUAACGGUGGUGGCUGGUCUCAGGCCCCUCCUGCAUGGGCUGUUCCAUACCAGGCUCAGCCAGUGACCUACUGGACCAGCGUUGGUGUCGCACCACCAGUCCAGUACGGAUACCAGCAGUGGCCUGCUCCAGGCCAGUACCCUCAGGGCUCUCMCUUCAACAACGGUGACGGUGUCAGCUCUUUCGCCAACACCUGCUCCAACACCCAGCAGGCCGUCGCUUGCGGUUGUGACUCUGACUCUUCUGGACUCCUCGGUGGCCUCGUCUCUGGCUGCACCCUCGWCAUCCUCAGCCCAUCUUGUGGCCAGUCCGUCACUUGCUGUGACCACCAGACCCAGAACGGGCUCAUCAACGUUGGCAACACCUGCGGUGGCAACCUCCUCGGUGCCAUCUAA